AUGUCCCAACUCACCAUGGUCUGGCUCCAGUCCAACAGUUUAACAGGGCCAAUUCCUGAUCUAUUCAACCUCAAGGUCCUUGAAUCCUUCGAGGGCCCCCUUCCGUCGUUCGCUAGCAAAUCCUUGAUUCAGUUGUUAUUAAGCAACAAUAAUCUCAUCGGUACAAUCCCUGAUAGCUUGGCUCAGAUCCAUAUUCUCAAAAUAUAUGAUGUCACUAAUAACAUUCUCAGUGGGAAUAUGCCAAAAUUUCAUAGCUCUAUUAAGAUUGAAACUGAUGGAAAUCCCAAUCUUUGUAAAAACUCUGACUCAGGAGGUGAAAGCUCUUCUCCAACAAGUGGAGCACCUAGUCCUCCAGAUAAACUAUCAAUUGUGGGUAUCAUCAUAGCUAUGGUGGUUCUUGUAGCUUGUCCAGUAGGACUUUUACUGCAUCACCCCAAGAAGAACUUGAAGAAAUUUGAACUUAGCAUUGAGAGUGUAAAUCCAUACCGUGAUGAACCUCAAAGCUUGCAUAUGUCUAUUCAAGCAUUGAAAACGACCACAAAUAAUUUCAGUGAGGAUUUUAUAUUGGGCAAGGGCUAUUUUGGAAUCAUUUACAAAGGGAAUCUAAGUGGAACAUUAAUUGUUGUGAAGAAAAGUAUAUCUGAUUUGAUGGGUCAAAAUGACCAACAAGAGCUCAAAAUAGAGAUUGAUGUUCUUAGAAAGAUGACUGAGGAUGAUCUCUAUGCCAGCAACAACAUACAUCAGAAGAGGAGGCAAGGGUGUCCAGAUAGAAGUGGGACUGCUCUCAAUAGCCGGAGCUCGGUGUUUAGCUGGAACAUCGAUGAUCCAGUAUCUGAAAUCUCAUGA